AUGCAGGAAGAGAUAAAGGAACAAGUGCAAUCGCCGCCUCCUCGAUAUGCUGGCUUCAUUGCUGGUGUGUUCUCUGGUGUUAUGAAAAAUACCGUAGGUCAUCCAUUCGACUCGGUUAAGGUGAGAAUGCAGACAUCGGAGGGACGAUUCAAAGGUCCAUUGGAUUGUACUUUGAAGACUUUGAAGAACGAGGGAGUACAUGGAUUAUACAAGGGUUUCACGCCUCCUUUGGUUGGAUGGGUGUUUAUGGAUUCCGUCAUGUUGGGGUCUUUACACGUUUACAGAAGGUUUCUUAAAGAAAACUUCUAUGCAAAGGAGGAUAAAUUGCCUCUUGUCGGGCAUUGUCUAGCUGGUCUAGGUGCUGGUUUGACUGUUUCCUUUGUAGCUGCUCCCAUAGAGCAACUAAAGGCUCGGUUGCAGGUUCAAUAUGAUGCCUCCUCUAGAAUAUACAAAGGACCAAUUGACUGCCUGGUGAGGUUGAUCAAGUAUGAUGGCUUGAAAACUCUCUACAAGGGAUUGAUUCCUACGAUGAUUUUUCGAACAAGUUUUAUCACUUGGUGGGGAUCCUAUGAGAUUAUUACUAACUGGUUCAAAGAGAAUACCAAGAUGAGCAAUACUGCGAUCAACUUUUGGGCUGGUGGUCUGUCCGCCACUUGCUUUUGGAUUACCGCUUAUCCUGCAGAUGUUGUUAAAAAUGUUAUUAUGAUUGAUGAUGUGAGAAAGCCAAAGUUUAAUAAGUAUUCUGAUGCUGUGAAGUAUAUCUAUAGAGAGAAGGGAGGAUUAAGGGGAUUUGGUAAAGGAUUUUUGCCUUGUAUCUUGAGAAGCUUUCCUGCGAAUGCUGCCGCUUUGUCUGCCUUUGAAGCUGUGAUGAGGUUUUGGUAG